CUCCCGCUUAAUUCAUGUUUAUGGCCAAGCUGCUUUUCAGGCGGUGCUGUUGCUUUUCUUCUCAAGAAUCUCCCUCCUUCUUCCCGGAAUUUGGAAUCGAGUGAGUUUUCUGACGUGUUUGAGCACAGAACCCAGGGGUACUUGGAGAGAGAAGUGGUCCUGGAGCAGCUGGACUGAUCAUAGAAAUGAGUCCUGCAGAUGCUCUCGAUGAUGAAAAUACAUUUAAAAUCUUAGUUGCAACAGAUAUUCAUCUGGGAUUUAUGGAAAAAGAUGCCGUCAGAGGAAAUGAUACGUUUGUAACACUUGAUGAAAUUUUAAGACUUGCCCAGGAAAAUGAUGUGGAUUUCAUUUUGUUAGGGGGUGAUCUUUUUCAUGAAAAUAAACCCUCAAGAAAAACAGUACAUAACUGCCUCGAGUUAUUAAGAAAAUAUUGCAUGGGGGAUCGUCCUGUACAGUUUGAAAUUAUCAGCGAUCAGUCGGUCAACUUCGGUUUUAGUAAGUUUCCAUGGGUGAACUACGAAGAUAGCAAUCUCAACAUUUCAAUUCCUGUGUUUAGUAUUCAUGGCAAUCAUGAUGAUCCUACGGGGGCAGACUCGCUCUGCGCCCUGGAUAUUUUAAGUUGUGCUGGAUUUGUAAAUCACUUUGGACGUUCAAUGUCUGUGGAGAAGAUAGACAUUAGUCCGGUUUUGCUUCAAAAAGGAAGCACAAAAAUUGCUCUAUAUGGCUUAGGAUCCAUUCCAGAUGAAAGGCUCUACCGAAUGUUCGUCAACAAAAAAGUAACAAUGUUGAGACCAAAAGAAGAUGGGAACUCUUGGUUUAACUUAUUUGUGAUUCAUCAGAACAGGAGUAAACACGGAAGUACUAACUUCAUUCCAGAACAGUUUUUGGAUGACUUCAUUGAUCUUGUUAUCUGGGGCCAUGAACAUGAGUGUAAAAUAGCUCCAACCAAAAAUGAACAACAGCUCUUUUACGUAUCACAGCCUGGAAGCUCAGUGGUCACUUCUCUUUCCCCAGGAGAAGCUGUAAAGAAACACGUUGGUUUGCUGCGUAUUAAAGGAAGGAAGAUGAACAUGCAGAAAAUUCCUCUCCACACAGUGCGGCAGUUUUUCAUGGAGGAUGUCGUUCUGGCUGAUCAUCCAGAUGUUUUUAACCCCGAUAAUCCUAAAGUAACCCAAGCCAUACAAAGCUUCUGCUUGGAGAAGAUUGAAGAAAUGCUUGAAAAUGCAGAACGGGAACGUCUGGGAAAUUCUCGACAGCCAGAGAAGCCUCUUAUACGACUGCGAGUGGACUAUAGUGGAGGCUUUGAACCGUUCAGUGCUCUUCGCUUUAGCCAGAAAUUUGUGGACCGGGUAGCUAAUCCAAAAGAUGUUAUCCAUUUUUUCAGGCGUAGAGAACAAAAGGAAGACACGGGAGAAGAGAUCAACUUUGGGAAGUUCAUCACAAAACCUUCAGAAGUAACAACUCUAAGGGUAGAAGACCUUGUGAAACAGUAUUUUCAAACCGCAGAGAAGAACGUGCAGCUCUCACUUCUAACAGAAAGGGGAAUGGGUGAAGCAGUACAAGAAUUUGUGGACAAGGAAGAAAAAGAUGCCAUAGAGGAAUUAGUGAAAUAUCAGUUGGAAAAAACACAGCGAUUUCUUAAAGAACGUCAUACUGAUGCCCUAGAAGAUAAAAUCGAUGAAGAGGUACGUCGUUUCAGAGAAAGCAGACAGAAGAAUGAAGAAGAUGAUGAAGUCCGAGAGGCCAUGAGUAGGGCCAGAGCCCUCAGAUCUCAGUCAGAGGAAGCUGCUUCCGCCUUUAGUGCUGAUGACCUUAUGAGUAUAGAUUGGGCAGAACAGAUGGCUGAUGACUCUGAUGACAGCAUCACAGCAGCAGCCAACAAAGGAAGAGGCCGAGGAAGAGGCCGGAGAGGAGGAAGAGGGCAGAAUCCAGUGUCAAGAGGAGGAUCUCAGAGAGGAAGAGCAGGCGCUGCUCUGGAGACUUCUACCCGAGGCAGAAGUUCAAAGGCCACUAUGUCAACAUCUAGAAAUAUGUCUAUUAUAGAUGCCUUUAAAGCUGCAAGACAGCAGCCCUCCCAAAAUGUUGCUACUAAGAAUUAUUCAGAGGUGAUUGUGGUAGAUGAGUCAGAUACUGAAGAAGACAUUUUUCCUACCACUUCCAAAGCUGAUCAAAGGUGGUUGAGCACUUCAUCAUCGAGCAAACGCACGUCCCGGAACCAAAUCGCUAAAGGGGUUGAUUUUGAAUCAGAUGAGGAUGAUGAUGAUGAUCCUUUUAUGAACCUUCGUUCUGUAAGAAGGGACAGAAGAUAAUAUAUUUAAUGGCAGUUUGAAGUUUUCAAGAUGCAGGAAAAAUCGAAACGUUGCAAACUACGAGUUUACCAGUUGAAGAUUUUUUGAGUAUUGCUGUUAACUGAAGAAUUUGAAUGAUUCUUACUUAACAGAGAAACUAAUGUAUAAAAAUUUAUGGUUUUGAAUAUCAUUUCCUGAACAUGACUUCAUUAUUUUGAGAAACUUCCCAGCUCAAGGGCGUAUAGAAUAGCAUUGGUUUUCCUUAUUUUUUAAUCUGGUUGUUAACAUUACCUGUUCUAUAAAUGCUCCAUAAAACUUAGAAUGUUGUUUUUCUGACAUACAUCAGUAUAUGUCUUACCGAGUGAGAGCUUUGCUUAAAUACAGUCUUGAGUAAGGACUAAAAUAAAUCUACCAUUGUACGUUUCUGCUUUAUAAUCAAAGACUGUGCCAGUAUUUUAAGGUUAUUAUAUUUAGCCAAAGUUGAGGAGAAGAGCUUAUAGAAUCUAGCCCUUUUUAUAAUUUUCAUAAUUUCUAGACAUCCUGGAUUUCCUGCAGGUAAAACAAUUUAUAUGAAACGGUGCCUAAGCUCACUGUCUGUUACUCAGUAUGUGUUCUUUUUCUAAUGCUUGUGAUAGUAUCAGCCAGAAACUUUGAAUGAUUACAUAUACCCUAUACUUUGAAUAAUUAGAUAUGUUUGUAUCAAAAAAUGAAGUCUGUCACAAUUGUUUUUUAUUCCAGUUGUAGCAAAGAUUCCAGAGGAUUAUGUUCCCAUUGAAUGGUGGUAAUUUUCUCCAUUAUUUUCUAUUAUUAAUGGUUCUCUCUCUCUCUCUCUCUCUCUCUCUCUCUCUCUCUCUCUCACCUGUUUCUAGGAGGAAAGGGUUAAAAUAAUUUAACCAUAUCUUCUCAGAAGCUAUUGAAGAGUUUUGUUUUAUUUUGUUUUAGAUAGAGUGGUCACUUGAACCUUAUGAUUAUAUUAGAUAAACAUAUUGAAAUAUAACUUCUGUGGAAUAUCAAUGCCAAGGUUUCUCAUUAAUAUUUUAUCUUAACAUUGAGCAUGGGCAAUUCCAAAAUCUUAGAGAAGCAGCUCCUGUUACAUUUUCUUACGUGUAUUCGGGGGACCUAAGAAUUUGACCUCUUCAGAUUUAAGUUCAAUAAUCCCAUUCUCCUUUUUAAGACUCUGUUUAAAGACUCCCUGAGAGUAUUCCUCCUUUUCAUCUAACAGUGCAGCUGUAUAUUCAAGACUCCUUAAGGAAGUUAUAGAUCUUGGUGGUACAACAGCCUGACAUUUCUUUAUAUGUAGAAACAAACGCUAGACUGAGUGAUAUUCCUGAUAGGCAUAUUCAUACCUAGAAUGUGUCAAACUAUAAAAGACAGCAUUUGCUUAGUGGCUGCCUCUAUAUCAUAGCCCUUUUAAUGGGUCUAAGUCAAGAAUUGCGAUGUAGCCUUAGUUUCUUUAAAAAUGUUUUCUGUGCCUCACUUGAGCAUAAGGAUUAUUUUAGCAGGUUGCAUUAACUCAGCAGAAGGCCUUGUCCUGUGAAAGAUUCUCAGACACAUCUGCUCCCAUCUUUAAUAUUCCCAGUAUUUGAAUGAAGCAAAGAUGAAAUCAUGAGUAAGAGUUGCUCUCCAUGGUGGGAUGGAAGCUGGUUUGGGUGGCUGUCUGGGAAGACUCAGCCAAUGGCUCUCCUCACCUUCCAAUGAGAUGUCACCUGCUGGGGUGAGGGUCAUAGUGAGGGAGAUGGUCACUAAUGCGUCCUGACAGGUUCCUGAGAAAAAAAGAGUAAGGCUUUCUCCCUUUCUACAAACUGCUCUAUGGUAUGAAAGAGGUACUAAAUGUGAUUCUGUUAGCUCCUAGGAGAAGUGAUUCCAUGGCAGUGAGAGAGGGUGAAACUCAGCCAAUUCAGGUCAUUUUGCGAAUAGCAUGUGUCACCUGGAAAUACAGUAAAUAGGAAGGAAAAACCUUUUUGAUGAAUAUUGCUGCAUAGUUAAAUAUGCCACAUAUCCUUGAUAUUCUGUAUUGAUGCAGUGAAGUCUAGGGUUUUUUGGACAGUUCUCAGACAUGUUGGAAUAGGUGUGUAGCGGUGAUUUCCAGAUGACUGCAGAGCCCCUACAGUUCCUUGAGGCUGAGACAGGGCCUCAGUGAAAACGUUCUGAGGGAAAAAAUCCUUCCAUCGUUUACCAAAGAAUAUCCCUCUUUCUGACAUUUUGUUGAGUAUCAAAAAUACAAUAGUGCGUUUACAAUUCUAGGAAAUAAAACUGGUACUUAGAAAAUUCAAGCAUUUAGGCAUACGACUUUCAAUUUGGGUACAAAUUGGACAUUUUUUCCCUAAACUUUAAAAAUUAUGACCUGCAAUAACAGAAAAGUCAUGUGCUUUAACAAAUAAUGAUAAAGUGAGCCUCAUGACAUUCUCUGUACAGGUCAGGAAAUAGAACUUGACCAAUGCCUCAGAAGCCCACCAGUGUUCUCUCCUGGAAACACGUCUUGACGCCUGCAAUUCAGAAGUUCUUACUUUUGCCACAAGGUGGUGCUUCCAAAUCUAAACUUAAGCCAGUGUAGUUUUGCAGUAAAUUUGGAACCUGUGCAUACUAAACUAUGCAGUAAAACCAAGGUUAGCUUUCUAAUUUUAUGUGUAAAUUGCUUGACAUAUUUCACCUGGCUCAGCCUGUUGAAAUUGCCAGGAAAUUGCCCGUAAAAUUGAUAAAUUUUACAUGUAAAGGGUCAAGAAGAAAACGUUUUAUGUUUUAAUAAA